CAGAGAAGAAUCAGAUGUUGGAGACGUACAGAGAAAAAAUUAUUUCAACGAUUGUCUUUUAGCAAUUUUGAUAACAUGCUGGCCUUUCUAAGUUGACGGACAUAUUGAUACUCCAAAUCUCCGAUUUUCUAAAUCAAAGCAGGGAAAAGAGAAAAAUCAACCGUUUUCACACUUCGACAGAGCACGUGGUUAAACUGCGCAGCAUGGUCAAGCCAAGCUCUCUUCAGAAAACAUUAAGUAAAGGUGUAAAGCUAACCUCAGCUAUGGCUGUUGAAAGUGGUGAUGAAGAUGACCUUUCCAUUAAUGAACAAGCCAUCAGUGCCAGUGAAGAUGAGGAGGGCAGUGAUGAUGAGAGAAAACACAAGAAGCUACUGGAAGCCAUCAGUUCUAUGGGUGGAAGAAAGAGGAAAAAGCAGAGUGAGCGCUCUGAAGCAAGUGUGCAGGUCUCCGAGUUCUUUGUCAAUGCAGAGGGUACAGGAGAGAAAGUCAACAUUUCUGACCUCCUGGGAACUGUGGAGAAGACCUCAGGAGCCGCCAACAAGACCAAGAAACAGCUGAGGAACCUGCAAAACAGUAAAGGGACUUUGGCGUUACCGCUCAACAAACAGCAAACAGAAAAGAUUCAGAGAGGCAUAGCGUAUGAGAAGACCACUAAAGAGGUGUCUUGCUGGCAGAACAUCAUAGUGCAGAACCAGAAGGCUGAACAAAUAGUGUUUCCUCUGAACCAGGAGUCCUUAGGACCUAAACAGGUGGAGCAGGUUGUGGCUGGAUGGAAGGCUCAAACUCCUCUUGAACAAGAGAUUUUCAGACUCUUGCACAGCAACAGCCAUCCAGUCAAUGACCCUGUUUUGACUCCUGUAGAGGAGGCAUCACUUAAAGCCAUGAGCUUGGAGGAGGCUAAGAUUCGCCGUGCUGAGCUUCAAAAGACAAGAGCGCUUCAAUCAUACUAUGAGGCAAAAGCCAAAAGAGAAAAGAAUAUCAAGAGUAAAAAGUAUCACAAGAUUCAGAAGAAAGGCAAGCGUAAAGAGUUUCUGAAGCAGUUUGAGGAAAUGGUAAAGACGAAUCCUGAAGGAGCUCUGGAAGAGCUAAAAAAGAUGGAACUGUCCAGGAUGGAGGAGAGAAUGUCUCUGAAGCAUCAGAACAGUGGCAAGUGGGCAAAAUCAAAAGCCAUAAUGGCAAAAUAUGAUGAUUCGGCACGCAAAGCAAUGCAGGAGCAGUUGCAGAUGAAUAAAGAUCUUACCCAGAAGAUUGUGGUGCCUUCUGAUGACGAACAUGAAAGUAAUGAGGAAGGACUGGAGACGGUACCUGACUUUGUGAACGACCCUGAGCCAAUCAUUGACCCUGUCAAUCCCUGGAUGAGAGUCCAACUUACACAUGAAGAACCUGAGGUCAGCUGUGUCACAACUGAUGAACCUCAAACAGCAGAACAGGAGAAUGAGGAGGAGGAACUAAUUGGAGAAUUUGAGAGGAAGAGGAAGCUGAGGCAAGCUGAUGAAGAGGACUUGAUUCCUACAGAAGAACAGAAACCUGAAAGCGAGGUAGUUGAAGAAGAUGUGGUUGAGGUAUCUGACAAAGAGGAGGAGGAGGAGGAGGAGGAUGAAGAAGAGGAGGACGUUUCUGAGUUUAACACCCUUUUCAGGCUUAUGAGGAAUGAGAAGACACUUGAGGGUACAAAUCAGACACCACAAGGGUUGAACACACCCGAACGAGAAGAUGAAGAGGGACUUUUGAAUGAAGGACAGAUUCGAGUCAGGAAUAUAGAGGACCUGGAGAUUUUGGACGAGGAUGUCGACCCCCAACCCAUUGUGGCUCCGUGACUGCCACAGACAGCUGUUGGGGAGGCCACUUCUGAGCCACCUAACAAAAAGAAAAGUGAAAUCGACCUCAAAAAAGUACUCACCAAAGAUGCCAAAGUCGUCAAAGUUCCCUUUUUGCCAACAGUGGUUGAAGAGGAAGAUCAUGGUGAACAGAUCUCCAUCAUCAAGGAGGCCUUUGCUGGGGAUGAUGUAAUUUCUGAUUUCAUAAAGGACAAAAGGAAACAGGAAGCUGCUGGGAAGCCCAAAGUGGUGGACCUGACACUGCCAGGCUGGGGAGAAUGGGGAGGUGUUGGUCUCAAACCCUCCCGCUGGAAACGCAAAAGAUUUAGGAUAAAAAUGGCAUCAUCACCUCCACGGCAAGACCGGAAACUGCCUGAUACCAUCAUAUCAGAGAACAGAAAUACAUCAAUCGCUUCGCAUCAGGUUAGUCAACUACCAUUCCCAUUUCAAAACACUGCACAGUUUGAAUCUUGCAUCCGUACACCUAUUGGGCAGACGUGGAACACACAAGGUGUUGUGAAGAAGAUGACAAAACCCAAAGUUAUCACUAAAUUGGGUGCGAUCAUUGCGCCUAUGGUCAAAGAGGACUUCAUAAAUAAGACCACAACAUCAGCUGGUAAAGGACCAGCAAUCAUGUUGGGAGAAAACAAAAGGGCAAAUAAGGGCAGAGAAUGGUCAUCAGCAAAGCAUCAAGGAAGAAGAGGAUCACAGAAGAGGAAAAAGCAACAGACUUGAAAGAUUGUGUGACUUCAGUAACUGCAUAAAUAGAUUUGAUUUGUUUGGUAAAGUGUUUCAAGAAGACAUCUUAUUGUGAUUCUUAUCAUGGCCACAUACAUUUAAUUGUAUUUAUCAGAAAACCUUUUAUUAGUAAUAACUUUUUUUUUCUGUUCAGCCACUUUCAAAUACAUCAAUUUUAAAAGUGCUAUUUUCUUGCAAACCCUAAGUUGUUGUUUGAUUGUCUUACUGCUUGAAUGUCUUUUAAAUGUUCCAACAUGAUUAGUGUAAAUACUUGACCCUUACUUGAACCCUGAAUUAAAAAUUAAAUAUCCUUUUAUACAUUAAAUAUAUAUUAAAUAUCCUAGUAUUAUGGUGGGAUAUUGAUACUUAAUGUCUGCUUGGAUAAGCUAUCAAAAUCUUUUACCUUAAAAUAUACUGGUUAUCACCAAGGGUGGUACAAAUAGACAGUAAGUUAGUUCACCUAAACGUGGCAAAUACGCAUUUAUACAGUGCCUAUAGAAAACCAUCAUACCUCUUUGAAAGAGUUAGUUCAUCAUACAGCCUGAGGAAAACAAUUUUUUCCAGCUUUUACAAAUUUUGUCUUGUAACAUCAAAGUAAUGAAAGAAAAAGUAACGGUUCUAAAAAAUGAAAAAACUAGAAUAACAUGGAUGGAAAAGUCAUCAGUCCCCUGAUUUGAUACUUUAUAGAGCCACCUAUUCCUUUAAUUACAGCCAUUAAUCAUUUCUGAUAUGUCCGUACUAGACUGUACACCUAGACGUUUGCCCAACGCAAUGGCUUAAGGAUAGGAAGGUGAACAUCCUUGAGUGGCCAAGUCAAAGCCCUGAUUUAAAUCCCAUAGAAGAUUUGUGGAUGAAGAGAGCAUUGCCGCUCACCACGGAAUUUGACUGAACUUGUGAAAAUUCCACAAUCUAGUUGUGCAAAGUUAGUACAGUAAUAUCCAAAACAAUGAAGGACUGUAAUUAAAGGAAUAGGUGGCUCUACAAAGUGUCAAAUCAGGGGACUGAUGACUUUUCCAACCACGCUAUUCUAGUUUUCCAGUUUUUUUUUUAUACAUUUUCAGAACUUACUUUUUCUUUGGCUGUAAUACAAAUAAAGUUUCAAAGUAUCUUUCAAAGGGAUAUGAUGAUUUUCUAUAGGCACUGUAGAUGGUGCACAUGGUGAUACAUAUAAAGACAAAAACCAUACAUAACAUGAAUGACAACAAAAUGCUUUUCAUUACUCCCAUAGUGAAUUAAUGCAGCAACACAUUUAGUGUUAAAAGAAAUAAAAGUAGGUUGGUUUGUUUAAAAAUCAUGUAAAUGUAUGAGGUGGGCCUCGGAGUACAAUCAUUUAGCAAAUUUAGCUGAAUUAAUACAGUAUGUUUGUGUGAUAUCUGUGCCAGCACUGGACAGGUUUUUAAUGGUUUUCGGCUGAGCAGGGAGGCCCUGACAGUGCUGCUGGAUCUUCUGAGAAGUGAACGGCAACACAGAUGGGGUGCUACAAUACAGACCCUGGUGUUUCUCUUCUGUGUGGCCAGUGGUACAUCAUACAGAGUGGUCUCCAGAGUGUUUGACAUGCCUUGUUCCACUGUCCACCGCAUUGUCCUCCGAGUCGCUGAGGAGGUGCUGGCCAUUCACCAAGAGAUUCACCUCCUGAAGACCCCAGAAC